AUGAUUCCAAAACUGUUCGGAUCAAAUCCUGCUCAUUGUUCAGGUCCAUCACACGGAGCCGAAGUCCAUGGAGAAGUUCAUGAUAUUAGCUACUAUUUAAAAUGCAUGGUCGGAGGGGUAUUUGCAUGUGGUCUCACACAUACUGCGGUUGUCCCUAUUGAUAUUGUUAAAUGCAGGCUACAAGCUGACCCCACAAAACUGAAAGGUAUGGGAGACGCUUAUAGAGCGCUCAACGCAAAUGGAAAGUCUUGAAUGACCCUUGGCUGGCUCCCGACAUUUAUUGGAUACUCUUUUCAAGGUAUGGCCAAAUACGGUUUUUAUGAAGUUUUUAAAGAUUUAUAUGGAGGAGUUGCAGAAUCGUUUUUAGGACCUGAAAAGGCUUAUUCAUUAAGAACUUUGCUUUAUGCCCUUUCAUCUGCUUCUGCUGAAUUUUUCGCUGAUAUUCUGUUAUGCCCAUUCGAAGCAGUAAAAGUAAGAAUCCAAACAAGCCCAGAAGGAGCAUUCCCGACCACUUUUGGCCCUGCUUGGAGCAAAAUUUCAGCAAAUGAAGGGUUUAAAGGCUUUUAUAAAGGUAUUACUCCACUUUGGUGUAGACAAAUUCCAUACACUAUCAUGAAAUUUGUAGUAUUUGAGAGAACUGUAGAAUUUAUUUUCAAAAAUAUUUUGCAUGCAACUAGAGAUGACUAUGGCAAAAAAUUCAACUUAAUCCCCUAUUUAAAUAUAAGCAAAAUUUUUUUAAUGCCUAUUGAGGAAAUUAAAGCAGCUCUCAUUCCUAAACAUAAUUUUAAAGAUAAGAUUAGUUUUCUAUUGAAAUAAUGCCAUAGUGAUUUUUAAAACCUAAAAACCAUUGAAAAAAGUUAAGUCUUAAGGGCGAGCAAAAAAAUAUUGUUCGCCUUAAAGAGGAGAUUUAGGAAUUACAUUUUUGUCUGGCUAUAUUGCUGGUGUUAUUUGUGCAUUGGUAAGUCAUCCUGCGGAUACACUAUUUACAGCAUAUAAUAAGAAGCAAACUCAAGGUGCAUUUAUGGAAGAAAUUAAGAAGAUAUAUCAUGAAAUGCCAGCUGGAGGUCUUUGGAAGGGACUUGCUCCGAGAAUUGUUAUGAUUGGAACACUUACAGGUUUUCAAUGGUGGCUUUAUGAUACUUGGAAGACUUGGUGGGGACUUAAGCCAACUGGAUCAACAGGACCUAAGAAAUAA